AUGCUCUUCACUCGCGCUCUUCUUUACUCCAUGAUUGCUUCUCUUGCCUACGCUGCUCCGAUCGCAGAGGCCGAGGCCGUUGCUGAGGCCGUUGCUGAAGCUGAGGCAGGAUUCUCCUGGCACAGCUACCAAGACAAAACCAGCAUUGUCAAGCGCGAAGCCGAGGCAGAGGCUGAAGCCAGCCCAGAAGCCGACGCCGACGCCGACGCAAGAUUUUCCUGGCACAGCUACCAGGACAAGACCAGUAUCGUCAAACGGGAAGCUGAGGCCGCAGCUGAGGCCGCCGCCGAGUCCAGCUAG